UUCCUCUGUAAAAAACGCAUAUUUUCUGCAAAAUAUUUCGAAAUUUAUAUUAAAUCGAAGUAUUUUUAAUGUAUAAAGUCGCGUGAAUUGUAAUUACAGUUUGAUUGCAUGUGAAUAAAGUAAUUCGGUUUCUUUGUCGCGACUUUUCUUUGUUGAGUGUAACGUCAAGCCUUCGAAAUGUUUUUAUCUCCAUUUUUCCGAUUUUCACGGUUAUUUUUUCAACUUUUCGAUUGUUUAAUGAUCGUAACUUUCAGUAAUUUCACGAGCGGAUGAUAAAAUUCGUAAAUUUCUCUACAUAACCUAAAAUUUCGUCUUGUAUUUGUCACAUUUGUCAACUGCGAAAAAUGGAAAGUUAUUUUCUCGCACGUGUCUCAAUAAAAAAAAGUAAACAAAGUGUGGAAUUUCUAAAUUCGGGUAGUGCGCGUAAUUAAUUUUUUUUGCAGUUAAUUAUUUAUUCAGAGUUACAAAAUUAAAAAUCUAAUAAUUUUUUCGUCUUAACAAUAAAACAAAGUGAGUGUGAAAUAAAUGAAUUGAGAUCCAGUUCAGGGUUUUUAUAAUGAAGAUCUUGAUGUGACAGCGACAGGAUACGACACUAGAGUAAAAAAAGGAAAGCAUCUCCAGAUCCAGAGGAAGCUAUCCAUCAAAUUGUCCAACUUCGAGUGGAAUUCAGAAGUUCGAGGAAACACCACAGUAUACGGAAGUCAAUCCUGGUCAGGAUGCAAAACUCAUUUGCCGCGUUCUCGAUAAGAGGGGCCAAUGCAUCUGGCAGAAAGAUCAAAAGCCAAUUGGAAUGCACUUGAAGAAAUACGAAUGGGUUGGCUCGCCAGACGUUGGCGAUUGCUCACUGUUGGUGAGAUCAGCAACUUUGGAAUUUGAUGAUGGUUUAUGGCAAUGCCAGGUCACGGCUAGUGAUUUCACUGCACAGGAUGCUUUAGCUUCGGAACCAGCAAGACUCGUAGUGCGAGUGAGCCCUCAGCGACCACAGAUAGAGUACGCCGAUAAACUAAUUCUACCGGGUAGCAACGUGACAGCCCGUGCAGGUGAGACCGCCACGCUCAAGUGCACAGCGCGCUAUGGGAAUCCUUCGCCUCUAAUUAAAUGGUAUUUGGGUGAGAAGGAGCAGAGACCAAGUUCACCUCAGGUCAAUUCAACGGAGAGUGAUAAUCCCCGCACUUGGGCAACGUACAGUGUUUGCAAGAUUUUGGCUGAACGAUCACGUUACGGACAGCCAAUACGUUGUGUCGCCAUACAUCCGGCGUAUACGAAUCCAAGUAUGUCGUCCAGUUCGGAGGUGCGAUUCGACGUUCGAUACGCUCCGGAAACUCGUUUGGAGGGAGUUCCAUUCGGUCAAUUGGAAGAGGGUCGAGACCAAUUGGAAAUCAGAUGUUUAGCUGAUGCCAAUCCACCUGCUUCGAUACUUUGGAAACGUACGAAAGGGCAAACUUUACCGGAAGUUGCUGGCAUUGGCGAGGCUCUUUCCUUUUCGCCAAUCUAUCGAGAUCACGCCGCUGUUUACAUUUGCGAAGCGUCCAACACCGAAGGCGAAAGCAGUCCUGUCUCAGUUCAAAUAUCCGUCAAUUACUCACCAAGAAUCAGUUUAGUUGGUCCUGACAGACGGAAAACCGCUCUACUUUACUCGUCAGCUUCUUUUGAAUGCAAUGCAGACGCCAUGCCACCUGCGGAAUACCGAUGGGCUCAAAUAUUUUCCGACGGUCGCUUACCUGUGGAAUGUGGAAAAGGUCAACGUUUAAUUUUAACAAACGUCACCUACGAUCAACAGGGUCAAUACAUCUGUUUAGCCGCCAAUAAGAUAAACGGAAAUGUCAGAGAAGUCCAAAGUGAUCCAGUUUCAUUGCAAGUCGUCGGCGCUCCAAAGGUGAUGAAACCAGCGAGUACGGAGAAGUUCCUUGUGUCGACAACUGAAGGUAGUCCAGCGCGUUUGGAAAUCACACUUUGUUCAAAUCCCAGACCACGUCUAGUCGCCUGGGAAUGGGGAAGCACGAGACUUCACGCUGGUGAGGUUCUAGAACCACGUCAUCGAGCCUUUGAUCUGAAACCCCUGUCUUCAGACGAUUGUUACUCGGCGAUUCUAGAAUUGAUGACUACGAUUAGAGAAGAUCAAAGAUUAUAUCACGUGAUUGUGGAAAAUGAACGAGGAAGUGAUCGUCGUGUUCUAAUGUUAAGAGUAGACGAACCAGGACAGAUUCCCCUUGUUAUUGGAGCUGUUGCUGGAUUCACUGUUCUCUCAAUAUUAAUAAUGGGUUUCGUUUGUUUUAUACGAUCUGAUAGAUGUUGCGUUCCUCGAAAUACCGUUCCCACUAUGCAACAAGUUCAUUGCACGAAAGCUUCGAACGCAAUGAUUGAAGACCCGAGAUUAACAGUGGAAACAAUGGAAAGAGCUGCUCAGCAAUAUGUUUCGGAGAAGAGGCAAAAUCAUAUUUUAAAGUCUAUUCCGUCUCAAUAUCAUCAAGAUAUUUAUCAGCAUGAUCCACAUCAUCAGCAGCCUCAUUACCAGAGGCAUCAUCAUCACAGUCAAUCUCAUGGACCCCAAUACGCCAUCCAGGGGGAGCAGCUGUUUCUAAAACCUGAACGUUUAGCGACGCUGAAGCCUCACUGCAAGAUCGACAAGCCACCACAAUAUACCACGUUUAAACCAAGCUCACGCGAUUGAAGAUAUCUCUCUUUUUUAUUAUGGACACAACAAUAGCAGAGCCUUUUUCAAGUCAAUCUUCUGUUUUUCAAAAGGAAAUUUCUUUUCAAUUUUCAAGAAAAAAAAAGUAUUUUAUUAAAUAAUAA